UCAGCCAUGUCCACCCCAGGGCUGCUGCUCCUGCUCCUGCUGCUGGCACCACUGCCACUGCAGCCCUCCUCACUGCCAUGGCCAGACACCACAGAGGGUAAGGCCACCAUUGCCGGCCUGAUCUUGUCUGCGCUGGACAGAGCCACCUUCUUCCUGGAGGAGAGGCUGUCCGAAAUCAACCUGGAUGGUGUGGUGGGGUUCCAGGUGCUGGAAGUGCAGCUAAAAAGCAUUCGGGAGGCAUGGGCGCAGGACCCCCUGCUGCAGCCGCUGAGCCAGCGUGUGGGGAAGCUGGCCAAGAAGCUGGCAGCUCUCCUCGGCAGAUCCAUCUUCUACCUCAAGCUGAGUGACCCAAAGUACCUAAGAGAGUUCCAGCCGACCGUCCAGCCCGGGUUUUGGAAGCUCCCACACGUCUGGGCUCACACCAACGCUUCCCUGGUCUACCCCACAGUGGAGCCACAGGACUCCUUCUCGGAGGAAAGCAGCGACGCGUGCCUGGUGCAACUGCUGGGAACCGGGGCAGACAGCAGCCAGCCCUGCGGACUCUCAGACUUCUGCAGGACCUUCAUGACCAAGCCCGGCUGCUCAGGCUACUACCUAUCCCACCAGCUGCUCUUCUUCCUCUUGGCCAGAAUGAAAGGAUGCACAAAGGGACCAUUCCGCCAGAGCCAACACUACAUCAACCUCUUCUGCGCUAACAUGAUGGACCUGAACCGGCGAGCUGAGGCCAUCGUAUAUGCCUACCCCACCCGCGACAUCUUCAUGGAAAACAUCAUGUUAUGUGGAAUGGGUGGCUUUUCCGACUUCUACAAGCUCCGGUGGCUGGAGGCCAUUCUUAGCUGGCAGAUGCCACAAGGAUGCUUCGGGAGGCCAGCUGCUGAAGACGAAGUAUCUAAAGCCACUCAACACCAACAGCAUUUUUUGAGAAGAGUAAAGAGGCGAGAAAAACAAUUUACAGAUGGCUGCUCCUCCCACAACACAGCCACCGCGGUCGCAGCCCUGGGUGGAUUCCUCUACAUCCUGGCAGAAUACCCGCCACAUCAGUCCACACUGUCACCCCCAGGCGGCCACUGAGACGAAGGUUUCCGCACCUGCCACCUGGAAGAUAAACAGACCCUUUAGUCCUUCUUUAAGUCCUGGGGGCCCUGGGUCACAUACUGGGAAGGAGGCCACUGAAGAAAGAGGUUGUUUGGAAGGCCUGAGCACGCGGGGUAGGGGAGCUGGGUGCUUGGGAGGGCCCCAGGGUGCAAGCAGCUGAAUAAAAUUUAAAGUGCAAUUGAU